UUCUGUGUGAGUGGGGUGUGAUAUGAUCAGUGUCUACUAGUUUCUCUAAGUCAUAGGUUGCUAAAAGGUUAUGUGUGUUAACUAUAAGAACUUUAAGUACUAAUGUAUAUGUGUCUAUUAUGUACGAGAUAAUUUGUUAACAUAUUACUCUGAACAUUUAUACUAACACAUGUGUAUUUCAAAGACAUGACAGGCGGCAUCAUUAAACAAAAAGAAUGAGAAUUUAUUUUUUUUAUGCAACAGUUGCAAUAUAUCCGACAUUUGAUUCCCCUGCAGGAAAACGGCUAUUGAGGAAAAGGCGUAGGAGAUAAGCAUGGGGUAGGUUAUGUACCAGGCAUGUGGAGGAGGUUCGACAGCUCUCAGACUUAGAUCCAUAUUCCGAAGUGGAUCGUGGAAUGUGUGGAUUCCGGCGUCAGACUCCUCGGUUCAAAGUCUAUUCUAGGCACCCCUUUGACCGGCCGCAUCUCCAGGGUGUCCAGGGACGACCUCUCACUUGUAGAACCCAGGACGUAGCCUCCUGCAGGCCAUCUCUUUUGAAGAUGUCACAUGAAAAGAGCUCUCUGGUCACAGGGGACCCUUACUCUCCCACCCCAUACCCUGCAGCUCCUGCUGCUCCCCCACCUUAUGGCCAGGCUCCAUAUCCCACUGCUGCCCCAUACCCUAAUGUCACACCAUACCCUAAUGUCACACCAUACCCUAAUGUGGCACCAUACCCUUCUGAGGUCCCUUACCCGACUGCCGUCCCUUAUCCUAGCCAUGCACCUAUGGGACAACCCCCUUACGCUUCUGCUCCCUAUGGCCAAGCUCCAUAUCCUGCCCCAUAUCCCAAUCAGCCUUAUCCAAAGCCUCCGUAUGGACAAACUGGUUACCCAUUGGAUGAGAGCGACUUUGAUACUGGAAUACACAGUAACAGCUAUCAUGAGGACGGGCCUCCCUCAUACUGUGACAACCAAGAUUUUCCAAUCAACCAGUGGGACGAUAAAAACAUCCGUAGGGCAUUUAUCCGCAAGUCUAUCCUGACAAUCAGCCUGUCCUACAUGGUGGGGAUGAUCGCUAGUUUUUACGAUACGGAGUCUGUUAUAAUGGCGGUUGGGAUAACCGCUGUUGUCUGCUUCACGGUAGUGCUGUUUUCCUUACAGACAAAGUAUGACUUCACUUCCUGUAUGGGCGUGCUGAUGGUGAGCCUGAUAGUGCUGGUGGUAUUCUCUAUUCUCUGCAUCUUUAUCCGUAACAAGAUCUUGCAGAUAGUCUACGCCUCGCUGGGUGCCUUGCUAUUCACUUGCUUCCUAGCUGUGGACACUCAGAUGAUCCUUGGGAACAAGAAGCUGUCACUCAGCCCAGAGGAGUAUGUCUUUGCUGCUUUGAAUCUGUAUACGGAUAUUAUCAACAUAUUCCUCUAUAUCCUGGCAAUUAUUGGCAAGGCCAAGGACUGACCUGAAGGCUACUGAGCUUUCCCUGCACUGGCUGAGAUGUUCCUCCAACUGUACACCUGUCUUUAUGGCCCAGCUUUACAUCCAUCCCUGGUGUCUACCAUUUUCACCAGCUGAACCUCCACCUCUGAUUAUGUCCCUGCAGCUAAAUCUCCAACCUUGUUAACUUCCUUCAUCCCGACCCCUGGUGACCUCUUCACUUCUGUAGCUCCACCCUUGUUGACCUCUACCCAUGGUAACCUCCCCCUUUGUCCUUUCUGCUGCACCUUCAGCUUUAGUAACUUCCUUUGUAUAUCCACAUAGGGUUCACCACCUCUUCCCAGAUGUACAUAUAUUCCUGCUCCCCACCACAUGAUUCAAUUCUAUUUUUUUCCCCUCAGUGGUACAUUCCUAUUAUAAUUUAUUUCACAUAAAUUUGUCAUUAAUGCCUGUCCUGUUUUUUUGCUGUACUUUCAUGUAUACUACCCAAUGCUUACUACUAAGUGUACAUGUAACUGGCCACCUCUCUUCUUGUUAUGUCUGCUCACACCUACCACCUCUACCUGUACAUACUCCACUCCCACCAACCAUUCCAGCUGCAUGCUCUAUGCUUCUACCAACCCACUGUAGUAGCGUGCUCUACGCCUCCAACUGCCCACUCUAGCUAUACAUACUCCCCUCCCACAAACCCAUUCUAGCUGCGUGUUCUACGCCUCCACCUACCCACUCUAUCUGCAUGCCCUACACUUCCACCUACCCACUCUAGCGUGGUGGUCUAUGUGUCCACCUACCCACUCUAGCUAUACAUACUCCCCUCCCACAAACCCAUUCUAGCUGCGUGUUCUACGCUUCCACCUACCCACUCUAUCUGCAUGCCCUACACUUCCACCUACCCACUCUAGCGUGGUGGUCUAUGUGUCCACCUACCCACUCUAGCUAUACAUACUCCCCUCCCACAAACCCAUUCUAGCUGCGCGUUCUACGCUUCCACCUACCCUCUCUAUCUGCAUGCCCUACACUUCCACCUACCCACUCUAGAGGCGUGGUCUAUGUGUCCACCUACCCACUCUAGCGGCGUGGUCUAUGUGUCCACCUACCCACUCUAGCGGCGUGGUCUAUGUGUCCACCUACCCACUCUAGCGGUGUGGUCUAUGUGUCCACCUACCCACUCUAGCGGCGUGGUCUAUGUGUCCACCUACCCACUCUAGCGGCGUGGUCUAUGUGUCCACCUACCCACUCUAGCGGCGCGGUCUAUGUGUCCACCUACCCACUCUAGUGGCGUGGUCUAUGUGUCCACCUACCCACUCUAGCGGCGUGGUCUAUGUGUCCACCUACCCACUCUAGCGGCGUGGUCUAUGUGUCCACCUACCCACUCUAGCGGCAUGGUCUAUGUGUCCACCUACCCACUCUAGCUGCGUGGUCUAUAUGUCUAUGUACCCACUCUAGCUGCGUGGUCUAUGUGUAUACGUACCCACUUUAGCUGCGUGGUCUAUAUGUCUAUGUACCCACUCUAGCGGCGUGGUCUAUGUGUAUACGUACCCACUCUAGCGGCGUGGUCUAUGUGUAUACGUACCCACUCUAGCGGCGUGGUCUAUGUGUAUACGUACCCACUCUAGCGGCGUGGUCUAUGCGUCCAACUACCCUCUCCUACCUUAUGCCCUCUCCUGCUGUAUAUCUACCAUUUCUACCUCCCUUCUCCCCCCAAGUGUACAGUUGUCCUGUUACCCCUUCUGGCUCAGUGUUGCUGCACUGUAUAUAUUACUUUUUCAUUGCUCCCUUGGCUUAUGCUUGAUAGAUAUAUAAAUAGAAUAUGAAUUGUGUUUUGGAUAAUUCUUUUUACAUCUAUUUUUAGAGACACGUGCAAAGCACGAUCACAUGUUACACUACAUAUAACACAUAUCCCAAAAUGUGAAUGUGAUCAGCUUUCCACACCUGCAGAGUAUUGUUUGGUUGUUGCAGGGACAAGGUCUCAUGUAAUGCAAGGGCAGAAAUACUAGAUAUAGCAGUAAGUGUUACAUUUACUGUAUUAUAUAGAUAAAGGUGUAUCAGGGGCCUGUGGGAAAUGCUGUACAAAGGGAUAACAAUAUGCUCUGCAGUGGGUUGUGAGAAGAGAUGCUCUGCUGUAUACUGUGGUAACUAAAUGCUCUGCAGUCAAUUGAGGUAUAAAAAAAUGUUCCGUAGAUCAGAGUCAGGAUCUGUGUCUGCUGCCCCCUUGUGGCUGUGCUGUUCGCAUGUUGUUGAUGGUGUUAGAUACAAAAAUAUUAAAUGGAAAUACAUUUUCUUCC